UUUAGACACUACUCAUGCUUGUCAAGUAGCCACCUACACCGCUUGUAAGGAUGUUGCCGCGACAAGACAUUUUAAAAAUGAUAUAACAGGCCACAAAAUUAAUGAUCAUCUACAUAUUGUAUAUCUUACACGAAUAAUUACUUAAGUAAGUUUGUUGUGAUAGGUAUACGUAACAGUGUUUUGCCGAUACAAAACAUCGUAGACUAAAGCGCUCAUUGGCAGCCUCAUCACGCUCAGUAACUUCGGGACGUCGUGGUCGGUUAGAGCUAUGUGUGCUUCCAGGGCAAUGGACACCUUCAUACGAGGGACCUUUACAAGUGGAUUACUAGGAAUCGUUGUGUGUUAUCUGCGGAUAACUUUUGCUAGGUCCGAUGAUGUCAAUAUAGCAUUGAUGCUGCCCUUGACAGGGAGUAGGCCUUUAGGUAAAAGGAUGGCCAGCGCAGCACAAAUGGCGAUUGAUGCAAUCAACAAAGACACGACUAUGCUUCCAAAUAGAACGUUGAAAUUUCUUUGGAAUGACACGGAGUGCUCAGCCAGGAAAGGUUUAGGCGAGGCGGUGGACCUAUGGGCACAGCUUCGGGACAACCUACAUGCAUUUAUCGGCCCGGGCUGUGAUGUUAUUUGCGAAUCUUCAGGUAUGCUUGCUGCGGAGUGGAAUGUUCCUAUGAUAUCGUGGGGCUGUGUCUCAAUACACUUGUCAGAUAAAGACACCUACCCUACCCUUGCCCGGACAGUUGGGCCGCAUACAAAAGUGUCUAAGAUGUUUCGAAGGAUUAUGGAAUACUACAACUGGACAAGGUUGGGCAUUGCCGCAUCAACCGAGCUCACAUGGCAGAUGACUGCGCAUGAGAUACAGAAAUAUCUUGAAGAAAAAGGCUUCAACGUGGCGGCAUUCCACAGCUUCGACCCCGGUAACGGGCACAUCUCGGUGACAGAGAAAGCCAACCACGUUAGGAUAAUGCAGGACUUCAGUUUAAGGACAAGAAUUAUCAUCAUCUGCGCAUCUGGAGGCGAUGUGAGGGAAAUGAUGCUGACUGCCCUCGACCAGGGGUUGGUGGAUGGAAAUUAUGUCUUCUUCACCAUAGACAUCUUACAAGAUGCGGUGAAGGGUAUAAAUACAUGGAUGGGAGAUGACGGCAGAGAUGCAGACGCGGAGAUAGCCUUUAAUGCAAUAAUGAAUAUCCAUCAUCAGUCACCUCACACCACAGCAUACGCCAACUUCGAGAAAGAGGUCAGAUCCCGCAUGAAGGAUGCCCCGUUCUUUCUACCUAUGAACGACUUGGAAAGAGUGGACGUGCACGCUGGUCUACUCUACGAUGCCUUCUACCUAUAUGCCUACGCGUUGAACGAUACACUACAAGAGAACCAUAGCGAGCAUGAUGGCAAGAUUGUGGCAAGCAAAAUGUUUAACAGGUCGUUUUUAGGCAUUUCAGGCGAGGUAAUAAUUGACCAAUACGGAGACCGAGACCCUAACUACGCCCUCCAAGACUACCAAAACGCACAUUUUGAAGAUUUCGCCGACUACAACACGAACAAUGACAACUUCACUAUAAGAGAACACGUGAAGGUCAUCUACCCAGGCGGCAAGAUGAAACCACCAUUGGACCAUCCACGUUGCGGUUGGAAUAACGAAUAUUGCCCGGAUAAUACAAUGACAGCGGUGAUAGCAUCGGUGGUAAGCAUUCUAGUCCUAAUGGCGGCUGGAUUCGGCGUUUUCACCUACUUUUAUAGAAAAAUGCGGUUGGAAGCAGAACUGAAAGCCCACGAUUUGUGGCAAAUAAAAUUCGAAGAUAUAGUGAUAGUUACAGGACGAAUAAGGACAAAAUCUAUGCUCUCCUUUUCGCCUAUACGCUUCAUCAGAGUAGACCCGCCAAGUAGAAAGAAAACAUCUGAUUGUGUCAGUUUGCCUGUACUUGGAAAUGGUAGAGCAAAGUAUACAGAAAUGAUCCCCAGACGUAUUUCACAAAGUCAACAACUCCGUUCUCUGGGCAGCGGGUCUUUCGUCAACAGUAUCGACAAAAGCGAACAUGAGCGACUGUCUGUUGGCGGACAGUCAGUCAUAAGCAGCCAAGCCACAAUGUCCAAGAGCCAGAUGUUUACAGAAGUGGGCAUUUAUAAGGGAAAUUAUGUUGCAAUGAAAAAAAUUCACAGGAAAUCAAUACAAUUCACGAGAGAAGUUUUACUGGAAUUGAAAGAGGUCAGAGACAUGCAGGACGAAAACGUCAACGCUUUUAUCGGAGCAUGUACUGAAUAUCCUGAUAUUUACAUCAUUACGCAGUAUUGCACUAAGGGAAGUUUGCAGGACGUGCUGGAAAACGAGGACAUUAAAAUCACCGACCAGUUUAAAAUGUCGUUCGCGGCAGAUAUUUGCAAGGGCAUGACGUAUAUACACAAUUCUUCCUUGGGUUCCCAUGGACGGUUAAAAAGCUCAAACUGUGUCAUAGAUAGUCGCUGGGUUUGUAAGAUCACCGAUUUUGGACUAGAGCAUUUUAAAAGUGGACAAGAAAUUGAAAUGGAGGACUAUACGAAAUACAGAAAUUUGCUUUGGACAGCUCCAGAACUACUCCGAGCCAAGGACCCGCCGUACUAUGGAACACCCAAGGCGGACGUGUACUCAUUCGGGAUAAUACUACAAGAGAUCAUAUUGAGAGGCGGGCCGUAUGUCACCCAAAUGAUGAACGAACCAAAAGAUAUCGUCACCUUCGUUAGCGAGGUCAAAUACCCACCCUAUCGUCCAAAAGUACCGAGUGAUUCCUGUGAGCAAAAGUUACAUAACCUGAUGCGAACAUGUUGGGCUGAGGACCCAGAUGAUAGACCAACCUUCCAAAAGAUUAAAUCGACGAUAAGAAGAAUUAGUGGAAAUAAGUCAACAAAUCUGGUGGAUAACAUGAUCAAGAUGAUGGAGCAGUAUGCGGACCACCUUGAGGAGUUGGUGGAUGACAGAACAAAACAACUCGAAGAGGAAAAAAAGAAAACGGACCAACUCCUGCACCAGAUGCUUCCAAAAGUCGUUGCCGACAAACUCAAACUUGGGGAACAAGUCUUGCCAGAGCACUACCAGGAGGUGACGGUGUACUUCUCAGAUAUCGUCGCCUUCACGAAGUUGGCAUCAGAGAGCACUCCACUUCAGGUUGUAAAUCUGCUCAACGAUCUCUACACCUGCUUCGAUGCAAUAAUUGACAAUUACGUUUGUUACAAGGUUGAAACCAUCGGGGACGCCUACAUGGUCGUAUCAGGGAUUCCAGAGAGAUCGGUAAAUGUGCACGCUACCGAGAUCGCCACCAUGGCCCUUGACAUCCUCUCCAGCCUCACUGACUUCAAAAUCAGACACAAACCGGGAAAGCAGCUGCAGCUCAGGUCCGGCAUUCAUACAGGUCCGGUCGUUGCCGGUGUGGUGGGGCUGAAGAUGCCGCGUUACUGCUUGUUUGGUGAUACGGUCAACACAGCCUCGAGGAUGGAGUCUUCCAGUUAUGCACUCCGAAUACACGUUAGUCCGAACACACAAUCCGUCCUUGCAGAAAUUGGGGGUUUCCACUUAGCGGAAAGAGGGAAGGUUUCUAUGAAGGGAAAGGAAGACAUGACGACAUACUGGUUACAGGGAAAAGAUGGAUUCGAAAAGCCACUCCCGGACCUGGCACUGGCGUUACCGCUGUCAGAGCACAACAUCAAAUGACACGGUCUGAUUCUGAUGUACAGACUAGACAUUGUGAUUGUAAGGAUUAUUUGUUAUGUAACAGGGUUGCUUUUGGCUUAUGAUUUGUUACAGCCGAAACGAAAACGACAGGGCUGAGUGGGCUAAGCUCAGUAGAGCAGUCAGGACCGAGUCCAUUUCCGCUGACUCGGUCUUUUUGCCGUGGUUGCUGUCGCGAGAAAACUACGCUUUGCCCGAGUGGUAUUUGAUGCUCAGAUUUACCUGCGACCCUGGUUUGUGGGAACCAUUAUGAGUACCAUUUUGCUAUUUGUAUGCCAGUGGCUUGAAGCCAGUUUUGCAUUAAUAACCACCCUUUUAUGCCCUACUUGUCCCUUCUAACAUACUUUGGACGCUGUACUUAAAAAAUGGCCAUCAC